CCUGCAUUCCUCCUCUCUCCAAAGCCUGACCGAUAGGGACAGAGAAAGAAAGGAGGUGGGGGAGAGGGAGAGGAAGAGAGGAGACAUAUUAUUAUUCACAACCCUGGAGGAUUUUUUUUAUGAACCGUGGAGUCGACUCUUUCUGAACGCAGCGACCACAUCAGGCCACGAUAAAAGAUCUACGUCGAGUCUCCUGUUUGGGAUCUACUACACCGAACUAUAAAAGGCUUGUUUGUUCCUUUUUAAAGACCGGACUCUGUGUUUAACAUUCACGCGUAGGUCAGCUAUCGAAAAAAGAGAAGCAGCUCUGGUGGAAACGGCCUCGCCACCGUCGGAUAUCUCCCUUUAAAAAAAAAAAAAUUAAGGAUUUACAAGAUGGCUGAUGACAGCUGGCCCUAACAAGGGCAGAAAAAAGCGACGUCCCCUUUAAGAUUAGCAGGGUGUAUUUUCGUGUUUGUAUCAGUUGAAUAUAUAAAUAUGGCUGCUUUAAAAAAUCAUGACCACAGCCUUCAUUAGCGUCCUUGUCGGAGGAAACGGUGCCAACGAGUGUGGUGUUUAUCUGAACCUGUGCUCUGGUAGGAAAUGGUGAGGUGACGUCGGAGCUAAUUUACGCGAUUUAAUCGAGAUAAGGAAGUGGAAUUAAAAAAUAAUAUGCUGGCUCAAGGCUGAGGCGACAAUUAUCGGCGAAUUAGGUGGAGUCCGACGUGAAAAUAGAUCACUGUAGUUGAGCGAGAAAAAAGAGGAAAAAAAGGGAGAAAGAGUCAAGAUAUUUGAUAGAUGUGUCGGAGGGGGGAAGCCAGUCAGAAGGCUCUGCAACAGCAGCCAACAUUCCUGCGGAUCCUAAAAGCCUUUGUUUUGUGCGCAGGAGCUGGACUCGACUAUUAAAACGAUUAACUAUGCAGUAAACAGCCUGGAAACGGUGGCCCGGGUGUGAAUUCUCUGUUUGUGUGAGAUUAUAAGGCGUUUUGUUGUCGAGAGAAAACCGGUGGGAAGGAAACGUCGAGGCCUUGUGUACAGAUAUGCGCGCUGUGUCACAUCGCAGGCGUCAUUAUUAUUACUACUAUUACCAUUAUUAUUAUUCAUCCAUGUCGCUUUCACGUCAGUUUGAAGCGUUGUGUGUGCCUGCGUCGCUCGUCUGACCUGUGAGACAGUGUUUCCUGCCUCGUAUGUAUUAUUAAAAUUGCUCCUCGGAUACUUAUUUAUGAUUCAGUGGACAAAAGCAGUGUGCUGCGUUGAUUAUUCAGAGGAUUCAGGCGUCCCCCGGGUCCUGAUAAAACAGAUUCAGGUUUUAAACAACAGCCGUGUGUUUGUGUGUGGAUAGUAAUCAGGGUGUUGUUCCCUUCUCAUGCUUUGUUUGUGGCUCUGAAACUGGUCCGCACUCAGUCUUAAUCCGGUAGGCAGUAGUGAAGGAAGCUCUGAAGGUAAGGAAGCAGCAGCAGCAGAGGCAAAGGGAUCAAGUGUCUUUUCAUGUUAGAGGAGAUUUGAUUCACCUCCUGAUCAUGUUCAGUAAAUGUGUGGAUAUUUAGUUCUCUGUGCCUUGUUUGUGUGUCAUGGUUUACCUGUAGGUUGACAGGCGCCCAGCUUCCUGUAGGCCUGUAAAACACGCACACACAGAAGCUGUAAAGGCAGGCCCAGUGAGUGAGUGAGUGUGAUUUAGAGGAAAUUCUAGCACCGUUUACUGUAAUCUGUGUAACGUCAGCCCCUGCUGUGUGUGUUGACAUCACCAAGGUGUUGUCACCCUCUCUCCUGAAGCCUUCACUUCUCAGUUUUCUGGAAUUUGCCUUCAUGCUGCAGCAAUAAGCAAUACCCAUCAUCUGUCAGGGAGCCUCAUCUGAUUUGGUCACAAGGGUUGAUAUAUAUAUAUAUAUAUAUAUAUAUAUAUAUAUAUACACACAUAUAUAGAUAUAUACUGAUCUUUCAGGACGACAUUGCGUCUGUUUCUAUUUUUUUUUUUCUCAAGACUCUUUUUGAGAGUGGCAGCAGGGUAUUUUUUUUUUUUUUUGGGAGAAGUGGAAAAGAGUUAGUGUAUGCCUGCUUGCACCAUGAUGGCCUCUGACAUGGUUGAGACAUGGAGGAACUGUUUUGAGGAGGAGCUCAUCUGCCCCAUCUGCCUGCACGUGUUCUCAGAUCCCAUCCAGCUGCCCUGCAAGCACAACUUCUGCCGGGGCUGCAUCAGCGAGGCCUGGGCCAAAGAGUCCUCGCUGGCCCGCUGCCCCGAGUGCAAUCAUGCUUACACACAGAAGCCCAGUUUGGAGAAGAACCACAAACUGUCCAACAUAGUUGAGAAGUACAACGCUCUGAGCGUGGAGAAGGCCACCACGCCAGCGUUGCAGUGCAUCCUGUGCCGCCGAGGCCCACCGCUACCCGCUGUGAAAGUCUGCCUACGCUGCAACGCCCCGUGCUGCCAAUCCCAUGUCCAGACACACCUGCAGCAGCCGUGCUCAGCCCUGGGGCACCUGUUGGUGGAGGCGGAGGCGGUGAAGGCCUGGACCUGCCCUCAGCACGACGAGUACAGACUGUACCACUGCGAGGCCGAGCAGACGGCAGUGUGUCAGUACUGCUGCUUCGCCCGCUGCCACCCCAGCCACGGCCACACUGUCACCGAUGUGGAGCUGAGACGCAACGACAUCAGACAAAGCCUGCUAAGACAGCAGGAGCGUGUAGAGGAACGAGUGCAGGAGAUCGAGGAACAGCUUUGCAAGCUCGACUCUGACAAGUGUGUGGUGGAGGACAGGGUGUGUGAGCUGAAAGAGGAUGUGCGCCUGCAGUACCAGCGGAUGCACCAACUCCUAGAGGAGGAUCUCGGACGCACACUGGAGGCUCUGGACAGGGCUCAGGCUCGGUUCUGCCAGGAGAACGCUGCCCAGGUUUUGGCUCUGGGAGAACAGCGCCACGAGGCUCAGAAGCUGCUGAGCUCCAUUCACACGGCCUUUAGUAAGGCUGAGGAACUGAGCUUCAUGAAAAACACUAAGCCUGUAAAAAUCCUCACAGACAGGUCUCAGGCAUGUGUGGGCAGCAGUCUCCCUCCUUACAAAGUCGGGAAUCUUAACUCUAAACUAUUCCUUUCUGAAAUCUCAAAAAGAGAGAAGAGUCUGAAGAAAACGCUGGAAGCUCCCCUCACCCCUCCCUCGACCUUCCUGCAGUCUGUUCCUGCAUAUCCCAGUGGCCAGAGCUCUGGUUCUGGUGCAGAGAAACGGAAACAUUCCACUGCCUUUCCAGAGGGAAAUGGGAGCAUUGGGAAAACCAAUGCUCCAGGUUUCAAGGACUCCUCCUCCUCCUCAUCUUCUUCCUCAUUGCUAGCCAAACAGCCCUACCUGGGCUCCAGUUCCGCCUCUGGAGAAGGCCAGUCUACCAAUCAGCAGCCACUCGGCCCCUGCGGCCCCUCUCACAUCAGCGAGAGCGGCGGCACGGGAAGCGGAAGUGGCUCGCUGACCAACCAUCAUUCGGGUUCAGUGUUCAGCUCCUCGCACUUUGCUCCCGGAGGCAGCAGCUCCUCGCACUCCUCCCAGCAGGCCGUGCUGCCGCAGUACGGCGGCCGCAAGAUCCUGGUGUGUACGAUGGAUAACUGCUACUGCUCCGGAGUGCCCUCCGUGUCAGGCCACCGCGGCCAUCCCCCAUACCCACGCUCGGGCUCCUUCCCGUGGGUCAGUGCCCAAGACUACCCCCCUCCCCCCGGCCUGGCCUCUGGAGGUCCGUCCAUGCAGGGCCUGGCAGUGAGGGACUGGAUAGAUGCUUCACAGACACACAGACAUGCAGAUUUUUAUGGGCUGUAUGGGCAGCCUUCUACAAAGCACUAUGUCACCAGCUAACAGAGUAGACACACACACACACACACACACACACACACACACAUACACACUCAGACAUACAUGCUUGGACACACACACACACACAAACACAUAUACAUAUACAUAUGUAUAUGUGUGUGUGUGUGUGGACAGGCACAAAACAGCACACCAUUACCAAUUUACUAACUGGACAAACAUGCAAUGCAGUUAUAUUAUCCAAACAUUAAAAUAAAUCUUUAUAUCCACACACACAUACACACACUUAGAGCAUGUACACACAUUCGGGGGCAGGGUUGAUCUCUUUGUGAUUUUAUUUUCUUACUUUUCCUUAUUUUUUUGCUCAGUGUAUUAUACAUAAAAUGCAUAAACAGCCAACCUCUGCUCACUCUGGCACAACUCGGCAUUUCACAGACAGAGAAACACGAAGACGGGAGGGGCCUAAGAGGAGAGGACGAGACGCGUCCUGUCUUUUUAAUAGAGCGGGAGAUGGAUUGAUUAGAAAAUGAACUUUAAAUAAGAAAUCUUUUCAUACCUUCAUUGCUUCUCACUGAGGCUAAAGGGAAAAGAUAAUGCCGCUGAGCUUUCCAAUUUAGCGUCUAAUGUUUCUAUGAUGUAAUCACCCCUCCAGUUAUACAGAGGUCAGUUGCCUUAUGUUAUUAGCAUAUUUUUCUUCUGCCCAGCUGACUUUGUUUGAUAGAUCCUUUAAAGCGGGAUAGCAUUCCCUCCAUGUCUCUUGAUUUCUGACAUCAUGGCAUUCUUCCUUUCUUUGCUGAGUUCAGGGAUGGAUCGUACGGCUUGAACACAAAACGCUCUUCCAUGGAACACCCACAAUGCACUUGUGGACGCCUUGUUAUGCCCGGACUAGAGAAGGUGACCUGCAGAGGGACACUAAACCUGCGUCUGAAGGGCCAGUUUGUCCCCUCAGAGUUUCUGGGAUGUUAGCUCUUAUUACUAGCACUCCCUUCCUGCUGCCAGGCUUUUGACACGACAGAAUCUCUUCUGACAAAGACUGUUUCCAUUUAGUAAUUACUAUGACUUUGUGUUAUUUGGUACAACUGUAGGGGUCAUGCUUGUCUAGAGAGACUCUGAUUUUAGAGGAAAAGACAAGAGUGGACAGACCAAACCAAUCAAAGCAUCUGGAGGAUCUGAUGAUGCUGUAAUUGUACUUCCUGCAGGGCAAAGAUGUCACUUCCUCUCAAUAAGCACACAAGCUCUUGGCUUCCUGUUUGCAGCUGAAAGCAUGCAAGGAAGAGUUUUUUUUAAAAGCACUCAAAAAAAAAGAACAAUGGUGGAGAAAACUGUGUGUGAAAGAGAAAAAGGGUGGGAGGAUUUUUGUUUUUUCCAUGAACUUUUUCUAGAAGAACGAGACUGGACUGUGAGAUGUAAGCAAUGGUUUGUCAUCCUUAAAAGGAGCUGUUACAACAGUCAACACGAAGAGGACAAAAAAACAACAUAAAGUAUCUUUUUUGUAAAUAUUUUGUGAAAUGGAAAAAUUACAGACGUGAUUUGGAGAAGGGUUCCAAAUAAACAAACAAAUUUAAACCAC